AAUGUGCUAACAUUUCUACUUCAUUUACUGAAUUUACUAAACUCAUGUUUACUGAAUCCAUUGAACCUACCAAACCUACAUUUACUGAAUCCACUGAACCCAUAUUUACUAAAUUCACUGAACCCACAUUUACUAAAUCCACUGAAUCAACCAAACUUAUUGAAUCUAUUGAAUCUACAGAAUCUAAUGGUAUGCUUGUUAAAUUUACUGAACUUACCACCUCUUUUAUAUCAGUUGAAUAUACUGAAUCUAUUGCUUCUGUAGAUUCUACAGAUUUUACUUCUGCACCUAUUGAGUCAAUUGAAUAUGCUGAGGCAUCCAAGUCUACUAAAUUUAAAACAACCAAAUCAAAAGCAAUAUUUAAAAAAACACAAAUAAUUCAGUUAUUAAAAGAACUAAACAUGCCUAUAAUUCAUACCGAAAGUGAUGCAACUAAGGCAAAUCAAAUGGUAAUUAGAAGUUGGUAUGAAUUUGCAGAUGAGUUUGAUAAACAGAUUAAUCAAACAUUAAGGAAUCAAAAAAAAUCUAAACAUAGAAGUUCUAAAAAAUCAGCAACAUCUGAA